UGCUAAUUAACUACUAUUCGGCAACUGGAGCGAUAUCAACAUAGAAAUGCUACUUGUGACAACAUUUAUGGUCAUCUAUAUGUUCUUAGUUAAUUCAAAUGAGUAGUUUCAUUCUAAUCCAAGAUGUCUUCAUUGUCCAAAAAGUAUAUUGAAUUAUAGGCAAAGAAGAGGGGAAAAAAUAUUUUUAGCACUAAUAUUGUUCUGCAAAUUUGUUCAUUGUUUUAGCAUUGCUUAGAUUCAAUUAAAAAAAUUGGUUAAUAUCUUAAUUUGAUGCUCAGAAUGUUGAUCUACCAUCUCUGUAAGAAAGAUGAAACAUAUGCCUCCCUUCUGUUUUUCGAAAAUCAGAAGCUAUUUCAUUUUUGGCGUGGAGGUCGUCAACCCAAAUGAAAUGUUCUUAAUUUUUGCUUUUUGGUUUUAUGGUCAAUCUCGGGAUAGAUUUAACAAUGCGAAAUCCCUUUUUUGUAUAUGUCAAAGAGGGGGUAAAACCCUUUACGUGUACAACAAUUUCUAACUCUUGUUAAACUGAUUUGUCCAAGAUCAAAGGCAAAAAUGUUUCUAAGGAGCUCAUCAGCUUCUGCAACUGGACCCUUGUUUUCACCCUUCUCAGACGGCCCUAAUAGAGACUUUGACGCUGUUAACAAACUAUCAUUCCCUCACGGUUUGCUGCACCUCAACUUGACACCAUUAUCAGACCACGGCAGCUCAUCUCCAUUGUCUGAACUCGAUCAAGAAAAGGGUAGUUCUCGAAUUAACGGCCUUCGAAGAGCUUCGUCCUAUAGUAAUUUCGAAAGUUUUGUCUAUACAUCUUCUUGUGAUCAAGAAGAAUUUCGUAACUCAACUACUACAUCAAAGAAAUUUCAAUGUAGAAUGUUGCACUCUUCACCUUCUUUUUCGAUAUUUUACAAAAAUGAUGGACUAGAGGAUGAAGGACGCAAUGGAACAGAUGUGGGAAGAGAAGAAUUGAUGAGAACUAUUACUAUUAGAGAAAACAUAGAAUCUAUUGGUAGCGGGGACUUCAGUUUUGGAGAGACGAGCACGGGGUUAAUAGAGGAGGAAGGAGAGAAGAAGCAGGAACAAGAUUCAAACGGAAUUGAGAAUUUCGAUAUUGAAGAAGUAAGGGAACCGGCUAGUCCUCCCCUGUAUCUUGCUGCUGGGCUUGGGAUUGAUGAUAUAGAUCUCGGUGGUGAUAGUGGUGGUUUUCAUUUAAGUUUCCCGAACCUUGAUGAAGAUGAUGAUGUGGAAGAGUAUUAUAAGAGGAUGAUUGAUGAGUAUCCUUUCCACCCUUUGCUCCUCUCAAACUAUGCUCGGCUGUUGCUGUCCAAGGGAGAUCUUCAUGGAGCUGAGGAAUAUUAUCGUCUUGCAACACUGGCAGCUCCUGCAGACGGUGAAAUUCUGAUGCAGUAUGCAAAACUGGAAUGGGAGCUUAACCAUGAUCAAGAUAGAGCAUUAAUUAACUUUGAGCGUGCAGUUCAGUCAGCCCCUCAAGACAGCAAUGUUCAUGCAGCUUAUGCCAGCUUACUCUGGGAAAUAGAAGACGAUGGGGAAGGAAAUACAUUUCAACAAGAAUUUAUCCAGCUUCCAUCUAAGAAUCAUAUUGAUCUGGAAGACCAUGCUGCAUCUGAUGCCAACCAGGAUCGUGAUGCUGAGGAGUCUUAUAGAGCGAUGGUAGAGGCAAAUCCUUGCAACUCUUUGGUUCUAAGAAAUUAUGCUGAGCUUCUGUAUCAGUCCAAGAGAGACCUUAAAGGGGCUGAGGAAUACUUCUCCCAAGCCAUACUGGCUGAUCCUGGUGAUGGAGAAAUCCUGUCGCAAUAUGCAAAAUUGGUGUGGGAACUUUAUUGUGACCAUGACAAAGCCUUGUGUUACUUCAAACAAUCAAUUCAAGCAACUCCUGCGGACAGCUAUGUUCUCGCAGCUUAUGCUAGUUUCCUAUGGGAAACAGAGGAAAAUGAAGAAGAUAGCACGAGUCAGUUUGAGAUGCCCAAUCACAAUGAAGGUGCAGUAGCUGCUGCCAAUGCUCAAGUGCAUCAUAAAUAGUUAAAUACUAGACCAGGAGUAUAGUUACGAAUGCUUCAUCAGAAGCAGAACAAUAGAAUGUCAUUAAGAUAUAAGCUCCAACUGAAUAAACUAAAAUGUUGUUAAAAUUGAGAGAAAUUGCAGCCAAAUUAACAACACUUUCUGA